AUGGACAUGUUGCAAUUUUGUGACGUGGCAGGAGCCAACUGGUACUUCCAACACCGUGGGGACCUAUGGAACGAAUUUUGCCACCUGGCUACGGCGCCUUCGACAGGUAUUGGGAUCGGAGGUCAGCCAGCGAAGAUUAUCUGGGGAGCUGACGUGGUCAGCGUGAACGUCGACAGCGGCGAGGUGAAACUCGCAGAUGGUACCAUCAUUGCCUCGGAUUUGGUCAUCGCUGCUGAUGGAAUAAAGUCCAUUAUCAGACCAUUGGUGACGGGAGAGGAGGCAUUCCGAACAGCACGGCCUUCUGGGACGUCGGCAUUUCGAUUCAUAAUGCCAGUUGUUGGACCCUUCGCAAGUGUGCAGCCUCGAUGUUCACGUCGACCUGAGCGGAUCGAAUCGUUCUGUAGUUAUACUCUCGGAUCAGGGUCGAAACGACCGAGUCUUGGUCCGCCAAUGGUACGACAGAAGAUCUUUUGGACACUUCCCAUUUUGGAAAGAGCAGAAGGAGUCAAGUUGUGGCAACUCAGAGAUCUUAACUGCGCGAACAUCUUCAUCUUGUCUGCCACGAGCAGAGUGCCGCACAUAAGUAUUAACAUGACUCUGAAUGCGUGA